AAGAUGUUUUAAUUGAAGAACUACUCGAAUUCAAAUUGUUCACGAUGGUUAAGUAAGAUUUAAAAUAUAGCAUCUGUUAGCAAAGUAACAUUUGCAUUACUUUUUGAAUCAAGUCAACAGAGAUGCUAUCAGAAGGAUUAAGUUACAGGGCUGCUCAGAAUAGGUACCUGGGUGACAGCACUAAUGCCGAAAAUCCUUUAUUUCUCUGUUGAAUAGCUGUCAGAAAGGAAAGCUGCAUUGCAACUGACCUACCAAUAUGACUCAGCCAAACAUGCUGUCACCAUUUUCUGCAUUAUACGCGAUAGAAGGGAUUUUUGUGGUGACAACUUUAAACAUUGUCCUUUAGUUUUAUUAGAUAUGAUAAUGUGGAUCUAAAUAAAGAAAGCACUGAAUGGAAGAAAUGGAAUUCCUUUGUCCCAACAGCUUGUUAUGAUUUCGAUAACAUACGGAGUCAAUGAACUUCAGAUUGAUGCUUCCAAAGAAAUUGAAGGUCUUAUCAGAGGUACAUGCUUCAUCUCUGAAGAUUGAGAUGGCUGAAGGAUAGCCAUUGAAAAAUAAAAAGGCAUCUUUGAAAAAAGCCUUGUUUUUUGUGCAGCAGCACCCAGUCAACUUGAAGAGUCCCAAAUGGAGCCUACCCUGAGAAAUCAAGAUGGCAGUUCACUGUGGAUUGACAGUUUAAGGAAAAUGGAUUAAUGCAAGUUAUGCUGUGAUAUAUUCAACCAAGACAGGGGUGUUUUAACAUGGAUUCCAUGCAUUCAGUGAAGAUCUAGGUUUCUGAUAACCUAAGAAAAAUGGACAAUGGAUUUGAUAUUCUACAAACUUUUUGUAUUGUUCAAGGCCAAAUAGAUUCUGGACUUUUUUGAGAAAAACUAUUAAAAAUAUAACUAGAAAAUAGAUGAGACAAGUUAUUUUUGAUAAAUCACUCGUUUGUAUAAAGAAUGUAUUUCUUAUGUGUUUUUAAUUUUAAUAAAAUUUGUAAUAUUGCUACACUUUUCUAGUUCAUUUUUUGACUGAAGAAUUACCAUUUAAUUAGGGGCAAAAAAUUUCCUUGACUACUACAAUUAUGGCUGGAGGGUAGUAAUUAAAGUUGGUAAAAAUUAAAAGUUGCUUAAUGUUGAAUAUUUUACUUGAAAUGAGAGUGUGCUAAUUUUUUUUCCCCAAUCACUUGGUUACUCACAAAUCUAUCCAGAUAACUUGUGCUGAGAGUAAUUUUAUUUAAAAUGGUAGUCAUGUUUGAUUUAUUGAAAUAAAUUACUCAGUUCUUGAAUGAAAAUAGUUACUUAGUACUUGGCCAGUAUUUCAUAAAAUCAAGCUAUAAGUGACCCUAAUGAAAAUGCAAUGUAAACUGGUAUUUACUUGAAUAUAUUAUCUAACCUAUUCGAUUAUUAAAUUUGGCCAAAAAUUCAGAGGGAUUGUAUAAUAAGUUACUCUGAACUGUUUUGAUUACAAGGCAUCUCUUAAUAUUUUCUAUAAUUGACAAAAUUAAAAGCAAAGUAUAUUUUUGGAUUAGAAAGUUGACUUUGAAUAUUGUGAUUAAACUGAUGGAUUUCCUAUUGUGUCUUUUCUUCAUAAUGAAGAAAGAAUAGUCUACUUUUGAAGGAAGCCAAGAAGUCCCAGAGGCAUGAAACUUAUUUAAAAGUUGGUAAUACCCAUUUAUAGUAUGUGGUUAUUAAAAAAGAUAAAAUAGUGUUUGUAAACCUAUGCUUGUCUUAUUGUACAGGCUGUAUUCUAAAAAUUUAUUAUUGAGAUUUCAUAAAUUAUUCUGCCUCACAGGUUUCAUACAUGUCCAAUUUAAAAUUCAUGUAUAUCCAAGUAUCAUUUAGGAUAGUUUGUAUAUAUCCAGUAACAAAUGUAUGAGUUGGAUGAAAGCUAACUUUUAAGCAGCUAGUAUGUAGCUUCUAUGUUCUUUUGGUGUGAUAAGAUGUGAUAGCCUUUAAAAGGUGGAAUGAGUUUUUAAGAUUUCUGUUGCUAAAGUUAGAGGUCCUCUUACAUAAGUUCAUUGAUAAAGAUGGUUCAUGUUUGGUUAUACAUAAUUAUCAGAUGAUAUUUAGUGAUUUACUAGUUUCCAUGUACUAGUGUACAUGACUGGCAUGUUCUUUGGAGAUUGUGGUAGUUGAUCUUGGUUAAUUUAGUUAAUUUAGUGUAUUUAUAUUUUAGUUUGAAAAUAGUAAUGUUGCCUUUUUGAAGAGUGUUACCUUGAUAUGGAUUCUUGAUUAUUUUUUUUACCAAGGUCUAAUUUGAAUUUUAGUGGUUGCUUUUCUUGGAUACCUAAAAUUGGAUUCUUCUAGUGAUGGGAGUAGUACCCUACUUUGAGGGAUUACUUAUCAAAUCAGAAAGAUUUGACUUUUUUCUGUUCCUUCAAUUUUUGGUUUUGUUUUUAUUUGCUUGAGGUAUAUGGUGAAGUAAAAGGACAGCUUGGAUAUUUGGGGUUUGACUUAAGAAAUUAUUUUUCUCUUGGUAAUCUGGAAGACAUGGUUUUGAAUCUCUAUUUUCUCCUUUUUUCACUGCCAACAAAUUACCAGAACUUUGUGGAAACUGGUGUUAACCAGACUCGUUGUUACUUGGAUUUUGCUCUUCCUUUGAAGGAAUGGCUUGUUAAUACUUCAUGUGUAGAUUUUGGGAAAAUUUUGGGGUAUAAGCGCUUGUGUAUUUGGUAAUAUGGCUGUUCCCUGAUAGUAAUUCUGGAAUUUGCCUUAAGAUUCAUGUUAUUGUUUGGAGUAAUUCUGUUGUUAUAAUUCUUUGCUUUUAUAUUUAUAACAUUUACAAAGCUCUACAAUGGGUUAAAGAAUUUUGUGAAAAUAAAACUAAGAAAAAUUGUCAGUUGGUUUAAUAAAAACCAGUUGGUUUCGAUUUUUUGCUCUUAUGGAACUGGACACUAGGGAGGCGCUCUUGAGUUGAAAAAGUUAGCCUUUUUUUGCCCUGUGGUGUGGAAAAAGAAUAAAAUUUUUUCUCAUUUUUAGAACUUUAAACAUUAUUACACAAAGCUGGGAUGUUACUUAGGAGAUUAAGCUCUUUCUUUUAUUUGCAAAUUUUGUUACUUGGGGAGGAGGGGGUAAAUUUUUUUAACAAGAUUAGCCAUUAUUUAAUCAAUGGCUCAGUCUAAGAACUGCCCCUCUUUCAAAAUGGCUUGAUAAAGCACCACUUCCUGUCCAGAGAGGAAGUAAUUUUAGCUCUAGGACUGAAAUAUUUAGCAGAUCUUUAAACAAAAGGAACAAAUUACAUUUUUGUCUGGCUUGAAAAGGGUGCUUGAACCAGAGGGGGUUAAGAUGCCCUCCCUCUUCCCUGUGGGGGUGAUUUGAAGAAGCCAGAGGGUGUGUAUGGGUGUGUGUGUGGGGGGUCCUUAGGCUCCCUUCUUAGAUGGAAGCUUUUUUUUUUUUUUUUUUUUUUAGUAGGAAUGAAGGGGUGGGUCUAUGGUACAUCACCUGAGUUGUGGGGUAAAUGUAGAGAGUGUCAAUCAAAGGCAGAGCUCUCAGAGCUGGGAAGGAGGCUCUAGAUGGCGGCUGUGCCUUAGAGAGCGCGCUCAGCUCAGCUCCCUGCCUUCUCCACACUUUACGCAACUUUCUCUAACUUUCGGGCAGCCUCAGGGGGCCCCCGCAGCCCCCUUCCUCUCCUGGUGACCUGGUGGGGUAGAUUCGAGCCAUUUUUAGGGAGAAAAGCAGCUUUUAGGGGGUCUUUUUUCGUGCCUUGUUGGAAAGAAGAAGCCCGUACUGAGAGCCAGGUCGUUGUUUUUUCCAGCUUAGAAGCCAUGGCGCACCUCCAUUUUUGUGCGCUCUCCUAAUGAGCUUUUUUCCCCCGGAUCUUUUUUGUAUUAAUUAUCGCUUAUUUUUUUUAAAACAGUAAACCUUUUUGGAUAGUUUUUAUUUAUUUUUUGUUCUUGAGAGAACAUUUAACGUUUAUUUUUUAAUUAUUCGGGAAUCUAAUGUUUUUCUACUACUAGAUACUCUCGGUUUGGACCUGCUACAUGGAUCAGGUAAGGUUCACGAUUAUUAGUGAUAAUUGUAAAGAUUUCUGCAGUUAAAUUUGCUUUAUUUUCUGUAAAUUUGACUUGUUCUCGGAUGACGCAAUAAGAUAAAGAGAUUGUUAUUUGUAUCUAGUGUGUUACUUUGAGAAACUUUCCCAAUCGAGGAGGAUGCUUUCCUCUGGUCGGUUUAGCUUAUAUUUAAAACAAAAAAAAUAAAUUAAAAAGGAUUUAAUUGUAUUAUGCGUUCCGAUGUUGAGGUUUUGUAUAACAAUAUCAUUGCAGCGUCAGGACUUUGUUCCUGAUAAUGAAAAAUCAUUGAUAGAAGCUCUGGGACCUUACCUUUCUUUCAACUUUUGACAGUAAAUACCUGAGCACAAGACUUCAAAGCAAACACAGAUUCACCUCCCCCCUUUUAAUAUUUAAGAAUUAAAAGAUGAUGAGAAAUAAGGACAAAAGCCAAGAAGAGGACGGUUCAGUACACAGCAAUGCAUCGAGUCAUUCAGCAUCUGAAGAAGCAUCAGGCUCAGACUCAGCUAGCCAGUCUGAAAGUGAACAGGGCAGUGAGCCAGGCAGUGGGCAUGGCAGCGAAUCAAACAGCAGUUCCGAAUCUUCAGAGAGUCAGACUGAGUCCGAAAGUGAAUCAGCAGGUUCCAAAUCCCAGCAAACCCCACCGGAAGCCAAAGAAAAGCCAGCCUCUAAGAAGGAACGUAUAGCUGAUGUUAAAAAGAUGUGGGAAGAGUAUCCUGAUGUGUAUGGGGUUAGGAGAUCAAAUCGAAGCCGACAAGAACCAUCUAGAUUUAAUAUUAAAGAAGAGGCAAGUAGUGGUUCUGAGUGUGGGAGCCCAAAAAGAAGAGGCCAGAGGAUACUAAAGAAACAAGAAAAAUGGAAAAAGGAGGCUUCUGAGGAAGAAGAUGAGGAAGAUGAACAAGAACAAGCUACUAGUGCGGAGAGUGAACCAGAACAAAAAAAAGUGAAAGCCAGACGACCUGUCUUGAGGAGAGCAGUGCCUAAAGCCAGUGUUAAAAAGCAACAUAAGCCACAGCGUGGAAAAAGAAGAAAGAAACAAGAAUCUUCUGAUGAUGAUGACGACGACGAUGAUGACGAGACUCCAAAAAGGCAAACUCGUCGCAGAGCUGCCAAAAAUGUCAGUUAUAAAGAAGAUGAUGAUUUUGAAACUGACUCAGAUGAUCUCAUUGAAAUGACUGGAGAAGGAGUUGAAGAACAACAUGAUAAUAGUGAGACAAUUGAAAAGGUCAUGGAUGCAAGACUUGGGAAAAAAGGUGCCACCGGAGCUUCCACUACUGUUUAUGCAACUGAAGCUAAUGGCAACCCUAGUGCUGACUUUGACCCUGAAAAGGACGAGGGAGAAAUUCAAUACCUGAUUAAAUGGAAGGGAUGGUCCUAUAUCCACAGCACAUGGGAGAGUGAGGAAUCCCUACAGCAGCAGAAAGUGAAGGGGAUGAAAAAACUGGAAAACUUUAAGAAAAAAGAAGAUGAAAUCAAACAAUGGUUAGGGAAAGUUUCACCAGAAGAUGUGGAGUACUUCAACUGCCAACAAGAGUUAGCCUCUGAACUGAAUAAACAGUAUCAGAUAGUGGAGAGAGUGAUAGCUGUGAAGACCAGUAAAUCAGCAUCUGGUCAUACAGAAUUUCCAGCUCACAGUCGGAAAUCAUCAUCAAAUGAACCUGAAUAUCUAUGCAAAUGGAUGGGACUGCCAUAUGCAGAAUGUAGUUGGGAAGAUGAAGCUCUGAUUGGGAAGAAAUUCCAAAGCUGUAUCGAUAGUUUCCACAAUAGGAACAAUUCAAAAACCAUCCCCACAAGAGACUGCAAGGUCUUGAAGCAGAGACCGAGGUUUGUUGCUUUAAAAAAACAACCAGCAUAUAUAGGUGGAGAGAACCUUGAGCUCCGAGAUUAUCAGUUAGAAGGACUUAAUUGGCUUGCUCACUCCUGGUGCAAGAGUAACAGUGUGAUUCUUGCUGAUGAAAUGGGCCUAGGAAAAACCAUCCAGACCAUAUCAUUCCUCUCCUAUUUGUUCCAUCAACACCAGCUGUACGGCCCCUUUCUUGUAGUGGUGCCUUUAUCUACUCUCACUUCUUGGCAGAGGGAAUUUGAAAUAUGGGCACCAGAGAUUAAUGUAGUGGUUUACAUAGGAGACCUGAUGAGCAGAAAUACGAUACGAGAAUAUGAAUGGAUCCAUUCUCAAACCAAGAGGCUGAAAUUUAAUGCACUAAUAACAACAUAUGAGAUCCUCUUAAAAGAUAAGACUGUGCUGGGCAGUAUUAACUGGGCCUUUCUGGGAGUGGAUGAAGCCCAUCGGUUGAAGAAUGAUGACUCUUUAUUGUAUAAAACUCUGAUUGAUUUCAAGUCCAACCAUAGGCUCCUGAUUACUGGGACCCCUCUUCAGAAUUCCCUCAAAGAGCUCUGGUCCUUGCUGCACUUUAUUAUGCCAGAGAAGUUUGAGUUCUGGGAAGAUUUUGAAGAUGACCAUGGAAAGGGGAGAGAGAAUGGUUACCAGAGUCUUCAUAAGGUUCUAGAGCCUUUCCUUCUUCGAAGAGUGAAAAAGGAUGUGGAAAAAUCCCUUCCAGCCAAAGUGGAACAGAUUCUCAGGGUAGAGAUGUCUGUCCUUCAGAAGCAGUAUUAUAAGUGGAUUUUGACCAGGAAUUACAAGGCCCUCUCCAAAGGGACAAGAGGCAGCACAUCUGGUUUCCUUAAUAUUGUCAUGGAACUGAAAAAAUGCUGUAACCACUGCUACCUGAUUAAGCCUCCUGAAGAGAAUGAACGUGAAAAUGGGCAGGAGAUUUUGCUGUCCCUGAUCAGGAGCAGUGGGAAGCUGAUUCUCUUAGACAAACUGUUAACAAGACUUCGAGAGAGGGGAAAUAGAGUUCUGAUCUUCUCCCAGAUGGUGAGGAUGUUGGAUAUCCUGGCUGAAUACCUGACUAUUAAGCAUUAUCCUUUCCAGCGUCUGGAUGGUUCAAUUAAGGGAGAAAUCCGAAAGCAGGCACUGGACCACUUCAAUGCAGAUGGAUCUGAGGACUUCUGCUUUCUGCUCUCAACACGGGCGGGUGGCCUAGGAAUUAACUUGGCUUCAGCGGACACUGUGGUCAUCUUCGACUCUGACUGGAACCCUCAGAAUGACUUACAAGCACAAGCCCGAGCUCAUCGAAUUGGACAGAAGAAGCAGGUGAACAUUUACCGCUUGGUUACAAAAGGGACAGUAGAGGAGGAGAUCAUUGAACGAGCCAAAAAGAAGAUGGUGUUGGAUCACUUAGUGAUCCAGCGUAUGGAUACCACAGGCCGUACUGUCUUAGAUAACAAUUCUGGAAGGUCAAAUUCUAAUCCUUUCAACAAAGAAGAACUAACAGCUAUUUUGAAAUUUGGAGCAGAGGAUCUCUUCAAAGAACUGGAAGGGGAGGAGUCAGAACCUCAGGAAAUGGAUAUAGAUGAAAUUUUACGAUUGGCUGAAACAAGAGAGAAUGAAGUGUCAACAAGUGCAACAGAUGAGCUUCUAUCACAGUUCAAGGUGGCCAAUUUUGCAACCAUGGAAGAUGAAGAAACUGAGUUGGAAGAACGAUCACAUAAGGACUGGGAUGAGAUAAUUCCAGAGGAUCAGAGGAAGAAAGUAGAGGAGGAAGAACGACAGAAAGAGUUGGAAGAAAUUUAUAUGCUGCCCCGAAUUCGGAGCUCCACAAAAAAGCCUCAGGCUAAUGAUAGUGACUCAGAUGUUGAAUCCAAAAGAAGAGCCCAGAGAUCUUCUGCUUCAGAGAGUGAGACAGAUGAUACUGAUGAUGACAAGAGGCCAAAGCGCAGAGGACGUCCUCGGAGUGUCAGAAAAGACCUUGUAGAGGGAUUUACAGAUGCUGAGAUUCGAAGGUUCAUCAAAGCAUAUAAGAAAUUUGGGCUUCCUCUUGAGCGUCUGGAGUGCAUUGCUCGGGAUGCUGAGCUGGUAGAUAAGUCUGUAGCAGAUCUGAAGAGAUUGGGUGAAUUGAUUCAUAACAGCUGUGUGUCAGCAAUGCAAGAAUAUGAAGAACAGCUGAAAGAAAAUGCCAGUGAAGGGAAAGGACCAGGGAAAAGAAGGGGCCCUACUAUCAAGAUUUCUGGGGUUCAAGUCAAUGUUAAAUCUAUUAUUCAACAUGAAGAAGAAUUUGAGAUGUUGCACAAAUCUAUUCCUGUGGACCCUGAGGAAAAAAAAAAAUACUGCUUAACCUGUCGUGUCAAAGCUGCACAUUUUGAUGUAGACUGGGGAGUGGAGGAUGAUUCUCGUCUGUUGUUGGGGAUUUAUGAACAUGGCUAUGGCAACUGGGAGUUAAUUAAAACAGAUCCAGAGCUUAAAUUAACUGACAAAAUAUUGCCUGUUGAAACAGAUAAAAAACCUCAGGGAAAGCAGCUGCAAACUCGAGCUGACUACCUGUUAAAACUGCUGAAGAAAGACUUGGACAAAAAGGAGUUGGUUAAAGAGGGUGAAGAGACCAAAUUAAAGAAGCGAAAGCCCCGUGUGAAGAAGGAAAACAAGGCUCCUAGAGUGAAAGAUGAGCAUGGAAAUGAAUUCUCAUCCCCUAGGCAUUCAGACAAUCCAUCAGAAGAGGGGGAAGUCAAGGAUGAUGGCUUGGAAAAAAGCCCCAUGAAAAAAAAGCAGAAGAAAAAAGAAAACAAAGAGAACAAGGAAAAACAGAUGGGUUCUAAGAAAGAAAAGGAAGGUGAUAAGGAAAGAAAAAAGUCAAAGGAUAAGAAAGAAAAGCCUAAAGCAGGUGAUGCCAAAGCUGGAAAUAAAUCAAAAAGAGCUCAAGGUCCUGUCCAUAUUACCGCAGGAAGUGAACCAAUCCCCAUUGGAGAAGAUGAGGAUGAUGAACUGGACCAGGAAACAUUCAGCAUAUGCAAAGAGAGGAUGAGGCCAGUGAAAAAGGCUUUGAAGCAGCUGGAUAAACCAGACAAGGGACUCACUGUGCAGGAACAGCUAGAGCACACCCGAAACUGCCUCCUGAAGAUUGGAGACCGCAUAUCAGAGUGCCUUAAAGCCUACUCUGAUCAGGAGCACAUCAAACUGUGGAGGAGGAACCUGUGGAUUUUUGUAUCCAAGUUCACAGAAUUUGAUGCUCGGAAACUACACAAAUUAUACAAAAUGGCUCAUAAGAAAAGAUCCCAGGAGGAGGAGGAGCAAAAAAGAAAGAUGACAUGUCUGGCAGUAAAAAACCAUUUCGUCCAGAACCUUCAGGCUCUAGCCGGGAUUCUUUGAUGUCUCAGUCUCACACACCUCACAACCUUCACUCUCAGAAGCUUCAUUUGCCUCCUUCCCAUGGACCACAGAUGCAUGGGCACCAGCGAGAUAACUAUGGUCACCCCAACAAGAGACAUUUCAGCAAUGCAGACCGAGGAGACUGGCAAAGAGAGAGAAAGUUCAAUUACGGCGGCAACAGCAACCAGCUCUGGGGUGGAGAUCGGCAUCACCAGUAUGAACAGCACUGGUAUAAGGAUCACCACUAUGGGGACCGGGCGCUCUCAUGGUGAGCCUCAUCGUUUCUGAGGAAUUACGUCCAAACAACCUGUCCACGCAAGAGACCAUAUGACCCAUAUAGCAGUGACCGAGGACCAUCGAGGACACAGAGAUUAUUAUGACAGACAUCAUCAUGACUCAAUAGCGACGAAGAUCUGAUGAGUUUCAGGCCUCAAAAUUACCACCAGCAAGAUUUCCGGAGAAUGUCUGAUCAUCGGCCUCCUAUGGGCUACCAUGGCCAAGGACCUUCAGACCAUUACCGAUCUUUCCACACAGACAAAUCGGGAGACUACAACA